AACAAGUUUAAGUUGUUAAUCUGUCACUGUCUAAUAUUUUAAAAUACUUUUCUGUAAGUAUGAAGUUUCUAGGAAAUUUGUCUGGUGCCAAAAUUUCACUGAAUAGGUACCAAAAAGCUUCUCUAUUCUAUUCUAAUUCAAGCAACCUUAAUAGCUAAAUCCCCUAAAUGGUACAAUUUUCUCAAAACAAAACAAAAUGUAUGAUAGUUCUCUCUUUGGUCUCCUGCAAAUGUUAUACGAGACACUGAAGAACGAGGCGAAAUUCCUGUUAAAUGUUGGCAACCAAAUCCAAGCUAUUCGAGCAGAAAUAAACCGAAUACAAUGCUUUUUACAAGAUGCAGAUGCUAAAAAACCUGAAUACGAGACAGUUCGGAACUGGAUAGCAGAUAUUAGGGAAGUUGCUUAUGAUGUGGAGAAUAUUCUUGAGAAAUACUCCCACAAAAUUACUUCAAGAAAGGAUCAAUCGAUAUGGAAAGAGAAUAUAGCUCUACACAACAUAGGGACGGAAACGAAGGAUGUUAUGUCAAGAAUUGAUAGCAUAAGAAGGUGCAUGAAAACUUAUGUUGAUACUGGAAUUAGAGUUAUAUCCCAAGGAGAAUCCCCAUCUGAUAAAAGCCAAUGGUUAACAAGAUCUUACUCUCAUCUUGUAGAUGAAGAUUUUGUCGGAUUAGAAAAAGAGGUGAAUGAGUUGGUUGAAGAGUUGACAAGUGAUGAAAAUGUAGACUUUCAUGGAGUUUUGGCGAUAUGUGGGAUGGGAGGUCUAGGCAAGACAACACUUGCCCGAAAAGCAUAUCGUCACAAUGAUGUACAAAGUCGUUUUCAGGCUUUUGCUUGGGCUAGUAUAUCAAAGCAAUGGCAAGCAAGAGAUGUUCUACAGAGGAUCCUCACGAAACUUGAACCGAAAAACAGAAAACAUAUUAACAAGAUGAUGGACGACGAGCUCGUUAAGGAACUUUACAAAAUUCAGCAGAGUAAAAGAUGCUUGGUAGUGCUGGAUGAUAUUUGGUCAACAAAUUUCUGGGAUAGUGUAAAACAUGCUUUUCCUAAGGGGAAAGAGAGUAGAAGCAAAAUUUUGCUCACAACGCGCAAGAAGGACGUUUGUACACACAUAGAUCCAACUUGUUUUAUCUGUGAACCGAGCUGUUUGAAUGCUGAGGAGAGUUGGAAGUUGCUUCAUAAGAAAGCAUUCCCCAGAGUAAACACUCCAGAUUUAAAUAUUGAUUUGGAAUUAGAGAGGCUUGGAAAGGAGAUGGUCAAUAAAUGUGGAGGCUUGCCUUUAGCCAUUAUUGUGAUUGCUGGACUUUUGGCUAGAAGACCUAAAAUAGAUGAGUGGAGAAGGACGAGCCAAAACCUUAACUUUCGCAUGAGUGGUGAAAGUUUUGAACAAGAUGGAGGAAUUCAUGGUGUCCUAGCUUUAAGUUAUUAUGACUUACCAUAUCAGCUUAAGCCGUGUUUUUUGUACUUGGGCAACUUUCCGGAGGACCAAAAGAUAUCUGCGCGAAGGUUGUAUCAGCUAUGGGCUGCUGAAGGUAUUAUAUCAUUGGAAGGUAACCAAGGAGAGGAGACAGCAAUGAUGGAAGUAGGGGAAUGUUAUUUGCACGAAUUAGCUCAAAGGUACAUGGUUCAAGUGGAACUAGACGAAACAACUGGAAGGAUCAAAUCUUGUCGACUUCAUGAUCUCAUGCGAGAUACAUGUUUGUCGAAAGCAAAGGAGGAAAACUUUCUCAAGACAAUUUCUCCUCAGCCUUUGGUUCAAUCGGUGCGCUGCCCUUCUUCAGCUAAAGCAACAUCAACACGCACCGUACGUAGACUCUCUAUCACCGUAGACAAUGAAGUCCAGAACUAUUUCUCUACUAAUGAUAAGUCCUUUCAGCAUGUUAGAUCAGCUUUGUUCUUUCCGAUACAGGCAGGACGCGAAGGAACAGCAUAUCCCCUGCCUAUAUUCCAAGGUCUGUGCAACAACUUCACAAUUUUGAGGGUUCUGCACCUUGAGAAGUUUUCUUUCGAGGAAAACCUGCACAAAGCGAUUGGUAAUUUGGUGCACUUGAGAUACCUGAGCUUCAGACAUUCACGCUUUCAGAAACUUCCAUCAUCUGUAGGUAAUCUUAAGUACCUACAAACACUUGAUUUGAGGGUGAAUUUCUUCUCAUACUUGACUUUGCCAAAUACUAUACAGAAGUUGCAAAACUUGCGGAAUUUAUAUCUUCCCCCUUCACAUCAUAACACGUAUAAGUUGGAGCUAAGUCCUUUAAGCCACUUGGAAAUGCUCAAGAACUUUGAUACACAAGUUUCUCCUUUUAGAGAUCUCUUCAAGUUAACAAAACUUCAGAAACUCGCAGCUGUUUUAUCACUGGAGUUGAAUGAGAUGGAUGAGAUUAUCACACACCUUACCCACAAAACGGGGAGACUCAGGGAAACAUCCUUCCGCAUUUACUACAGAUUUAAUUCAGAAAAAGAUCUAAACCUUCUGAAGAGACUGUUAGGUUGUCACCACCUCCGCAAGUUAGAUUUAAUUGGACAUAUCAAUAAGCUACCAGAACACCACUUCUUUUCAGAAAGCCUCACUAAGUUAACCUUGAGAAGGAGUGGACUUGAAGAAGACCCUAUGCUUAUUCUGCAGAAGCUGCCUAAACUAUUUACCUUGUCAUUACGUGGAAACGCGUUCGUUGGAAAGGAAAUGUGUUGUUCUGCACAAGGGUUUCCCCUCCUUAAAACUCUUAAGAUCCAAGGGCUGCCAAAUUUAGAAAGCUGGAGGGUGGAGACAGGGGCCAUGCCCAAUCUAAUUCAUCUAGAAAUUGAAGACUGCAAGAAAUUGGAGAAGGUUCCGGAUGGAUUGAAAUAUCUAACUAAGAUACAGGAGAUAACGAUUAUAGACAUGCCAGACACCUUCCAAAACAGGCUUGAAGAGGUUCAAGGGGAAGACUUUUACAAAGUUCAAUUCAGGAAAUUUUUCGGCACGAAGAAUUUUCCCAAGAUUAAACCCAAAAUACUAUUAUCAGGACAUAAGUUAAGCGGAUUAUUCCAGACCAUUUGCCCAUCAACAGUACCAAAGGAAUGGAAGAGGCUAUAAGUACUCAAAGGGAAGAUAAUAUCUAGAAGGUCAUGCAUCUGUUGAUGGUUGGACUAUAAGUAAUUUCAAGUAAGACUGAACAAAGCAUGGCAAGUGGACAUGUAUGCUUAAUUUGGGAUGGCAAAUUGGAAGCAAAAGAUGGGAAAGUUGGAGGUCUUGUUUCCCCUAUUAGCAAGGUUUUAGUUAAGAUAUUAUAUCUGCUGUGUAUAUAUAUUUGUUUGACUAUGGACUGGAGGUAUUAAGUCUUGUAUCAUGUUUGUCAUUAGUUUACUCCCUCUGUGCUUUUUGUUUUUUGUAUGAUAGUGUUUGAAUGUGUACAAAAUUUAAGAAAUAAGCAUUGACUUCUGACAUAAACUAAAUAUAUUUAACAUGUGCCUUAGUAUC